CCCGGAUCUGGGAAUCCUGGCAAGACAUCAUUCCAACCCAGCUCUAGCCUCCCCACCGGCUGACCUCGUGCCGUGUCUCUAGGUUUCGACUAGCCUGAGUCAACGUCUGCAAAUGUCUUCAGUUUCUUGACCGGUUUCCGUUGAUUCGCUGGCCAAGGGCUCAUCGGCGCAGCCAAGUCGGCCGUGUUUCACCCGUCGGAACCGGGUCUCCAGCCGCUGACCUCCCUGGCGAUGUGUCGAUUUCAGGGCUUGCUUCCAGCCAUCUCGUCCGCAGCUGUCCUCCAAUGGCGUCGCUUGCUUGUUUUUUUGGUGUGUUGUUGGGAUUUCAAAUGACACGCGGAGAUACUCCGUCUCAGCCACCUACGCACGCGUUGAUGAAGCAAAACGAAAAAAAAACGAAAGAAAACGACAGCGGAACCGUAGCAACCCCUGUGCCUCGCCCAAUUCAUCAAUUCCAAGUUGUCUAUCCCUUGCAGAAACGCUGUUGCUCUACCCCAGGGGGUCUUACCUGCAGGUCUUGUGGGCGCAUGCUUGCGUGCUGGAGCCUAUUAGGAGGUUGGGGAAAGCGAAACGAACAUGUUUGCCAUAUCGGACCCCAAACCGUCAGCCUCACAAUUAAGGCGGUGGAGACGCUAGAUUACCUAUCUGCUGGUCCUGCCAACACAUGUGGCCGGUCCCAUGGAGGUGGGAUUGCGUUUUGGACCCAAGUCUGGGUUGGAAUCUACCUCAUCCCCACCGAUGGGCACUCUCCAACUUUCUCUCGUUGCUCCACAGAGCACACUCGGUAAUUAAAACAUAAUAAGUAAUCUCUCUUCU